AUGAAAGUGUUCGCUAUUGCCACCGUAAGCCUUUUGGUUGUCAGCUGCGUUUAUGCUGCACCAAGUGUUCAAGAUAACAAAAUCGAAAGUGAUAAUACCUUUGCACGCGCCGCCAAAUAUUUGGGUUCCUGUUUCGAAAGUGACGAUAUGACCACUUGCUUAGCGGUUAAAGGAAUUACCGCUUUGAAUCGUGCCGCCAGGAGUAAUAAUAUUGAAUUAAUGAAUGGUGUCUCAUUCACAAGAGAUCCAGCCAGUCCAGUACAACGCAAUGGCAAAGCCUUAAGUGAAAAUGAAAUUUAUGCACAAUUGCCAGCCAGUUCCGAGGAGCGUAGUGGUCGUUUGGUCGAUAUGGCAGUACAAACCGCUGCUGAUUUCUUUGGUUCACACAAUUUGGAAGUUAAAGUACCAGCUGAAGCUACACAAGAAGUAGCACGUGCACUUGAUGAAGGUCGCGGUAAAUUGAAGAAAAUGAUGGGUCCACUUGCUCUUGCCAUCGGUGCUAAGGUUGUUGCUUUGAUCCCCAUCUUACUCGGUGGUUUAGCUUUACUUACCACAAAAGCCAUCAUCGUUGCCAAGAUCGCUCUGUUGCUUGCUUUAGUCGUAGGUGGCUCACGCUUCUUCAGCAGUUUCGGUAACAAAUUCGGUGGUGCUCUUGGCGGUGGUUACAGCUCUAAUGCCGGUUGGGCAUCUGGCUCCAAUGCCGGUUGGUCUUCAGGUGCUUCCUCAGCCUACCCAUAUGCACGUAGCAUAAAUGAUGAAGCACAACAAUUAGCCUAUGCCGGUCAAGUACCCGCACAGUAA